CACCGGCGCCCUAGUAAGAAGUAUCUAGAUUUUUCUGGCAAUAUAUAUCCCUCUGUUCUUCUGCAAAACAAAGCACCUGUCUGCAGCAAAAAACCCUCAAGCCAAAAACUCAAUCCAUUUUCAAUCUGUGUAGCGCGAGGAAGAAGCACUUUGAUACGAUGAGCCGUCAUCCUUCUGUCAAGUGGGCCCAGCGUUCUGACAUACUCUUCAUCAAGAUUGAGUUACCAGACGCUAAAAAUGUGAAUUUUAAAUUGGAUCCUGAAGGGAAGUUCUCCUUUUCUGCCGAAGCUGGGGCAGAUAACAGACCAUAUGAACUGGAAUUUGAUCUCUUUGAUAAAGUUGAUGUGAAUGAGAGCAAGUCUAGUAUAACUUCUAGAUGCAUUUGCUACCUUAUAAAAAAAUUGGAAGAGAAGUGGUGGUGCAGGCUACUUAAACAGGAGGGUAAACCUCCAGUGUAUUUGAAAGUUGAUUGGGAUAAAUGGGUUGACGAAGAUGAACAAGAUGAAAAAUCUGGACCUGGUGGUAUGGGCUUUGGUGAUGAUUUUGAUUUUUCGAGCCUUAACAUGGGUGGUGGUCCUGGAGGUUUUGGUGGAGAUUUUGGUGCUGGUGCAGGAGAUGAUAUUGAUGAAGAUGAUGAGAGUGAUACUGAAGAAGAGAACAAGGAAACAGAACCAGUUGCUGCGAGCAGUGGAUCUGAAGAACAUGCUUCAGCUCAAUGAACUCAUGAGGCAGUGGCGAUUUGAGUUGUCCUCCUUCUCUUCAUGUUUCCAUUGUCCUUUAACUCUCAGCCUAUUUCUUUAUAUUUUCAGUCCCUACUACUGUUUGGGAAUUUAACUUAUAGUAGGUUGGGUACUUUCAAUGUUUACUACAAACUGCUGCUGUUAUAUCUUUAGAGUAUUCUGGUUUUCCUUUCAACUACUUUGUGAUUUGUGGGCGUAGAGAGACUUGGCUUUGUCCCAGUUCUUGUAGAAUUAAGAAUUUUAUCAUCCAAGUGCUCAUACGUUUUGAAUUUGAUGAUGAGAAUUUU